ACAGUCAUAUAUCUUUUCGGAAACCUUUUCUUUUCGUUACAGUUCAGAAAAGCCAUACUCGAAGAAACCUUUAAAUUAAUGAAGACGCAUUCCAAGUAAUUCUUUUCCACUCGUUUCAAAAUAGCAAGAUUUUCAAGUAAAAUAACGUUAAAAUAAACCAUUCCAAUGUCGAUAUAAAUAUUUCGGCGUGACAACAGAUAUAGUGGUUAUACCGUACAUAAGAUCGACAUUUGUGUUCGAUAGUAUCGAGCUUACUUAACAGCUCGAAAGUAAAAUGGCACUCGAUCGUAGAUUAGAAUGUUAUUAGUCAUUCGGAGUGUCGUGUUUGUAAGUAAAUAUCAGCUGAAUGUAUAACGUCAAACGAAGAAGAGAGAUUACAUGACGGCGUUUAUCUGACGGAUAUUUUAUAAUUAAAUCCAGUUGAUAAAAAAUUCUGCGAGAAUUAAUAUUAAAUAAAUAAAUAAAAAAAAGAAAUGGGCCUUUUCCCGAAUUCGUCGCCUUUCGAUGCUGACGUCGAGAAAGCAACAAAUGAAAAAAAUACAUCCGAAGAUUGGGUUAAGAUAAUGGAGAUCUGUGAUCGAGUUGGUAAUUCUUCGCAGAAUGCCAAGGACUGUUUACGUUCUAUUGUUAAAAGAUUAAAUUCACAAGAUCCACAUAUUGUUGUACAAGCCAUUACAUUAUUGGAUGCAUGCUCCAACAAUUGCGGAAAAACUUUCCAUUUGGAAAUAGCGUCGAGAGAUUUUGAAAAUGAUUUGAAGAAAAUGAUUAAUCAUUCUCAACCCAAGAUAGCGGAGAAAAUUAAAAUACUUUUGAAGAAGUGGGCCGAAGGUGAUUUUAAAACAGAUCCUCAACUUAAUUUGAUUCCAAGUUUAUACAAUAAACUUCGUAAUGAAGGACUUGAUUUUUCAAGUUUAUCUGAAAUACCUAAACGUUCCAACAUAUUAAGUAAGGACCCAAAUGUAGUAACAAAUUCUCAAGAGGAAGAAGAUUUAGCGAAGGCUAUUGAGCUUUCGCUGAAAGAAAAUAAACCACAAACGAGUUCUUCUCAUGGUUCACCGGCGUCAAAAAAAAAUACUAGUUUAUAUCCAAGUGUAAGUUCUGCGCUUAGUAGUUCGAGUACUUCAGAAGGCAGAAAGGUGCGAGCUCUUUAUGAUUUUGAGGCUGCUGAAGAUAAUGAAUUAACAUUUUUAGCUGGAGAAAUAAUAAAUAUUUUGGAUGAUUCUGAUCAAAAUUGGUGGAAAGGUAGCAAUCAUAGAGGAGAAGGUCUUUUUCCUUCUAAUUUUGUAACUGCGGAUUUAUCAGUGGAACCUGAACAGUUUACGAAAUUAGAACAUAGCAAUAAAAAAUUAGUUCAGUUUGCGGAAGAAGUAGAAGUAAAAACAGUAAAGAGAGAACCGGAAGUAAUAGAAGUAGAAAUAGAUGAAAAAAAGAUGGAUAGACUUUUACAUUUAUUACAUGAAGCUGAUCCCCAGUGUGAUAGCUCGUCUGACCCUCAAGAAAUGCUUGAUUUAGAAGAACAAGUUACUGCAAUGGGUCCACUGAUUGAUGCAGCUCUAGAAAAAGUUGAUAGACGGCACGCUCAACUCACUCAAUUAAGUUCUGAUUUGGUUGAAGCUUUAAAUAUGUAUCAUACGUUAAUGCGGGAGUCCCCUCCUCCAGCACAAUCUAAUUACACUAUGCCUAAAAUGUCGUCACAUAUCUCUUAUCCAUUUCCUAAUCAGGGACCACCACCACCAUCUCCGCAUAUGUAUAAUGGAAUGCCAACACCACAUCAGGUACCUUUCUCAAAUACAGGUGGACCUCCAGGUCCACAUGAAUAUAUGGGUCCUCCUAGUAUACCAAAUAUGGCAUUACCACCACAUUUUCGUAUACAGCCUGGUCCUCAGCCUCCGACAGGACAUCCACAAGGUCCACCAGUGCCUGAACAAACACACUCCUAUCAACAACAAGGCAGAUUUCCGCCUCAAACUGGUCCCUUGCCAGCUCAAUAUGGUCCACCGGGAUCGACAGGACCUUCGAUUAACCAUCAACAACCACAAUAUGCUCCAUCGAGCGGGCAACGUAUGAUCUAAGUAAAAUUUACGCGUUAAAAAUUCACAUUCUACUCUAACUCAUAUUGUACAAUAUUACGAUAUUAUAAUUAUUUAAAUAAAAAUAACCCGAAAUAGCCAAAGAAAAUUGGUUUUUAAUGAAUGCUUUACGUUUCGACUUUGUAUUGAAUUUGGUAUCGUGUAAGCUUGUAUUUGUAGAUAUACAUGCAACAGUGCAUAUAAACACGUGCAUAAGGAAACGUAAUUUAUUUAGUUUCUUUGAGCAUUUUUAUUCUAGAUUGUAAUUUUGGUUUCUUUUUUAUAUGCGUAUGUAUUUUUGCGUUUGAAUAACCAAAUUCUUUAAAGCAUUCCACGUUUUCAAUUUCAUUAUGUUCCAUUAUUUUUAAUAAACGUUAAUGUUAUAAUUAGACACUGUGAUAUUUGGAAGAACAUUUAUUAUUUACAAAACGUAUCUUUAAUAUAAAUUCUUCAGAAUUCUUUUUUUAUCAAGAGAAAAUGAUACAAUUAUAAAAUAAUAUAAAUUGUGUUUCGGAAAAUAAUCUUUGGUAAAGUUGUUCAAUUAAUUGAUUGCAAUGUGUCGUCUACGUGUUAUUACAACAGAAAUAAUAUUACAUAAAAUGAUAAUGACAAUUUAUCGACUAAGUGCUGCUAAAUGUAUUCUAGUUUUUUAUUCUCCGUCAUAUUUUUUUUUGUAUAUUACAAUAAUACUUUAAGAUAACAUAUUGCAUUUGAAUAGCAUUGAAUAUAAUUUAUAAAUGCAAUGUUAAAUUAUGUAUUAUUGGAAAGAAAUUUGUUAUUAUCUGGUCUAGUCUCUUAUUCACUCUGUACAUAUAAUAAGAUUAAUUCCUAUUAACGAUUAAAUGAGUUGUGUCAUAAACAAAUUUUUAUGGAAUGUUGAUACAUUGUAUUCGCAUAAUACUAUUUUUACUGUCAUGAUUAAAAGCCUUAUAUCUUUAUCAAAAAAAAAAAAGAAAAACAAACAAACAAAAUAAAUAAAAUAAAGUAUAAUAAAAUAGCAUAAUUGAUAGUCUUUCUUUUGUAGCUACGAGCAUAGAUUAUAUAAAUAAACGUAUGAGUAAACUUGUUAAGAAUUUUGACUAUUUGACAAAAUGUAGAACGCAUAGCUGUGAUUGUGCAAUAUUUGUAAGAAGUGCGAAUUAUAUAAAAUAGACAGCAUAAUGGUUCAAAUAAAUGA